CCACCACCACCACCACCACCAGUUACAGCUACGGCAGCCAAGGUAGCAGACGACGUAGCUGGGUCAGACUUCCUACAUAUCACUGUGACAUCAUCGGCACACCACUUACUUGUCACCGUCAACAGUGACGUGGUGGUGAAGGUGACAACAACGAGUGCUAAUAUAACAAGCAGUAGCCAAGAGUACACUCCCUGGGAGCUGUCGUCUGGCAUCCAUCUUCUGGUACUUCACCCCAGUGACGGUCACCUUAUGAUGCGACGGAUCCUGACCACAGCACUGUUCGGGUCAGCCCACGAGGUGCCGAGUGUUCUCAGCUCUCUGACCCCAGGUCACCUCCUCGUCAUGGCAAUCAAGAACGACGCUGCUCAGAACCUCACACCGCUGACCAGGAAGCUGCUGGCGAGGGUGGGGCUGAGGUCAGCACUCAGCCUGCACCGGCAGGAGUCCGUGGCGUGGGUGGCCACCCUUGCAGGACCUGUGUGGGGCGAGGCCAGGACACUCAACCUGGAGGAGGAGCCCAGGAGCUACAUGGACUGGGCUUCAGGAGUCUCUCUCGACCUGCUGGUACCUCGAGUGUUUCACGAUGACCAGUGCCUGAGGAAGGACGAUCCCAGAGAGGCUGAGAGAACUAUCUUCUGCAGCCAGUAUGAUGGUUAUGGUGACCUGUGUUAUUGUCCUCACCCAGCACCUCUCACCUACCAGCCCCCUGAGUUAGAGAACAGUGUGAUACAAGAUGUACCUCUGCUGCUGCUGGCAAGUAACCGACCCACCUACCUGUACAGGAGUCUGGUGACGCUGCUGAGGCAAGCUGGUGCGUCCUUGGAGAGGAUCCUGGUGCUGGUGGAUGGUCACCAUCAGCAGGUGUGUGACCUGCUCAACCUCCUCCAGGUACAGUACGAGGAGCGGGCAUCUGUGGGUGUGAGUGUGGGCGCCAGGAUCUCCGACCAGUACCGCCAUGCCCUCAGCCUCAUCUUCCGGCGCUUCCCUAACGCUUCCAAGGCAAUCCUCCUGGAAGAGGACCUGCUCACCUCUCCAGACUUCUUCAGUUACUUCAACCAGACAGCAGUGUUGCUUGAGCUGGACGCGUCAGUGUGUUGUGUGAGUGCUUGGAGUGACCUGGCUGCCUUACACUCUGCCCACGACCCGGCCAUCCUGCGGCGGGUGGAGGUCUUGCCUGGUCUUGGCUGGAUGAUUGACAGACACACAGCUACUACUCUACUGUCCAUCUGGCCUCCCUCCACCAAGGUAACUACCUCAGCCACUACCCUCCACCAAGGUAACCACCGCAGCCACUACCCUCCACCAAGGUAACUACCUCAGCCACUACCCUCCACCAAGGUAACCACCUCAGCCACUACCCUCCACCAAGGUAACUACCUCAGCCACUACCCUCCACCAAGGUAACUACCUCAGCCACUACCCUCCACCAAGGUAACUACCUCAGUCACUACCCUCCACCAAGGUAACUAC